AGAUGAAGAUCAGAGCUGGGUCUGAACCAUGCCAGCCGGCCUCCUCCUCCCCCUGGCAGCCCUGAGCCUGCUCCUACUACUCCUACAGCUCCCACAGCCCGGGGACUGCUACUUCGGGUCAGACAUUACUAUUAUUAUUAUUAGUUAUUAUUAUUAUAUAUUAUUAUUAUUAGUUAUUAUUACUGUUAUUAUUACUGUUAUUAUUAUUAUUAUUACUGUUAUUAUUAUUAGUUAUUAUUACUGUUAUUAUUAUUAUUAGUUAUUAUUAGUUAUUAUUAUUACUGUUAUUAUUAGUUAUUAUUAUUAUUACUGUUAUUAUUACUGUUAUUCUUAGCUCUCUGUUAUAACUAUAUGUACUGUGCUUAUAACUACCAUAUACCUAUCUCUCCCAAUUUACCUGUCUUUAUUCAAUUUCCCUGUCACUCACAUUUACCUGUCUCCCUCGUUUUACCUGCCCCUCUCAAUUUCCCUUUCUCUCUUCCAUUAAUCUGUCUCUCCCAAUUUACCUGUCUUUAUUCAAUUUCCCUGUCUCUCUCACAUUUACCUGUCCCUUUUACAUUUACCUGUCUCUCACAUUUACCUGUCUCCCUCAUUGUACCUGUCUCUCCCAUUUUCAUUGUCUCUCCCAUUUUCAUUGUCUCUCCCAAUUUCCCUGUCUCUCUCCCAUUUACCUGUCUCUCACAUUUACCUGUCUCCCUCAUUGUACCUGUCUCUCCCAUUUUCAUUGUCUCUCCCAUUUUCAUUGUCUCUCCCAAUUUCCCUGUCUCUCUCCCAUUUACCUGUCUCUCACAUUUACCUGUCUCCCUCAUUGUACCUGUCUCUCCCAUUUUCAUUGUCUCUCCCAAUUUCCCCGUCUCUCUCCCAUUUACCUGCCGCUUACAUUUUACCUGUCUCCCUCUGACUUAGUCCCACAUACCCACUCUCCUAUUAGUGAUAUUCUCAGUCUAUACAUGAGCCUGAUCAUUCCUCCAGUGACACUGUGUAACAAUUCCAAUCUACAGCUCCUUCUUUACCAACUUCACUUCCAUCUGUUGCCUCUAUACAGUCCACUGAUACAGUCUCCAUAUCUGUGUAUCUCUCAUUGAUUGAACACAUGUAUCUAUUCUCUCUAUCUGCCUCUCUAUCUGCCUGUCUAAAAUCACUACUUUUAUUUCUAAUUUCUUGUGACACCUUACUAUAACCCCCCUCUCUGUGUGUAUUCUAAUUUAUGUAUUUUUCUAUAACUUUUCUCUCUUGCUGCUAGAUUAUUAAUGUUAUGUUAUUUAAUCACAAGAGAUAUUUGUCUCAUCUAAUAAAAUGUAAAUUUGACUUUAACUCAUUCUCUCCCCCCACUCCCACUACACUUUUCUAUCAAUUUUCCUAUUUUAGUUAAUUUCCCUUUAAUUUUAUAUAUAUAUAUUUUCUCUUAUUACUAUCUCUUUUAUUACUUUCUCUGUCACCCUUAUCUCUAUAUUUUUAUCUCACACCAUAUACAUGCAUUUAGCUCUUCGUCUGUUUUACCUUUUCCCAUCCCAUUCUCUUCUUCUCCUCUGUUAUCUACCUCCUCCUUCAAUUCUUUCUCAUUCUCCCUUUCUGUCUCAUCCUUUGUCAAUCCUGCAGUAUCCUCUUCACCGAAUAGUAAAUUGCUUGUCAUGAUUAAUCAAUUUUCAGGCUGCGAUCAAAAGAGGUAAAGAGAUUAUAUCAAAAAAUAUUUUUCAAUUAAGGGAUUAUCUCUCUGAGAUUUUAGAACAUCAUCCUUUCAUCUAUAUCACAUGACAGGCACACACACCAAGAUAAUAUACAGAAUUAUACAACAUGGAAAAAUAAUUAGCUCACCAACAAAAUAUAAAGCACAUAUAUAAACCCACAAUUAAAUAGAUGCAGGAAUAUUUUUUUACUUAACUGUUCUGUGCAAUGAUUGGAUAUGUAUAUGUUUGAAGACAUGCUAAAAAAUGUAGGUCUUUUUUUAUGCUUUCAUAUUUAAAACACAAAUUUAAGUUUUAAACUCUUGUAAUCUAUAGAGAUAAAAUAAACUGCAGAUGGAUCACAAUUAAUUUGAAAAUUCACAUCAGGAAAAUAUAAUAACAGAUAUAGCAUAUUAUGCAUGUUAAUUAAAUGUUGACUUGUUCUUGCAAUAAUUAUUAUUAUUAUGUAUUUUAUUUUAUAUUUUCAUAUAGCAAUAUAAAGGCACUACUAUAAAAUAUUAGAUCUGCAAAAAAUAUAUAAAAUAAAUUUAAAAAAUUAUACUUUAACUAAAUCACAGUUUUAAAUUGAUAUAUUAUACUUCUUUUUUUAUAAUUCUUUAUUUUUGUAGUGCAGGAAAAUACACACUGUUGUAUAAAUGACAACAUGAGGGAAGACGACAUUAGUCUCAAUCAAAACGGUAUACAGUAUAUCACAGAUGCAGCAUUAUUUUAUAUUAAGAAACAAUCAUGCUUAUAGGGCCUGCCGGAAUUUGAGACAAAUAUUAUACUUUUUUAAUUUACAAUUUUUUUUUUUUAAACAGCCAUCAUUAAAAAAAAAAAAAUAUAUAUAUUUUUAAAUAUUUCUGUGUAUUAAUAAUAAAUAUAAUGUUAAAAAAUGAUUACAGCAUAUCAAUUUAUUAUAAUAUAACAAUAAAUAACUUUGUUUUAACAGUAUAUUAUGCUAAUAUGCAUAGAAUAUUAGCAUAAAAUUCAGAGAGGCAAUCGAAAAUUCUCAAAGGGUAUUGAAAUGUUUCUAAUUUAACCUUUUUAAAAACGACUUUUUAAAUUUAUUUUUAUUUAAAUAUUUGUUAAAUCAUCUGCGUGACAGUGAAUCCUAUAGUAAUAGUGAGAAUCACAAAAUGUUCUCUCCUCUUCCAAACAAAUAAUUUAAAUUAUUUCAUUGGAAUCUGGCUUUACGUCAAACACUAAAAGGGUUCAAGCAGCCUUGAAAAAUACAUUUUAUUUUUAUGAAUAUUUUUUCACACUUAUUUCACACCGAUUUCCUCUUCCUGUUUUCACAUUCACUUGUCUUUCCCUCUGCUCCUUUUUAACUCUUGGCUUAGUAUUUCCAGUGCACUGUUACAGAAAGAACUACACACUGCUUUUGGCUUCCAAAGGGUUAAUACACUCAGUCACCUUUUUGGUGUCAUGCUUUUCCUCUGUUUGUCUGUCUGUCCGCCUUCCUCUCUCUACUCUUCCCCAGGACUGGAUUUCAAAUAUGACAUGUUAGAUGGUCAUAUAAGCAGGUUUAUCUGUUUUGUGUUUUUGUUUCCAAACAUAUAGAGAGAUAGAUAGAUAUUUUAAUUCUGAUUUUAGCAAAUAAACGUCACUCUUGUAUAAUCUAUCUUGAAAUUUACACAAAUCCAUAUAGAAAGAGUCACAGAUUGGGGUUUGAGCAGAAGAACGUAGCCUGAAACGUCAAACUGGUGGGCUAGUAAAGUUUAUUUGAUGUUUUUACACCCGCAAUAUUUUAUUUUUCAAUAGUUUCCCAAGCCUAUAAUUCUCUCGUUGGCGUUUUACCUGGGUAUAUUUAUCUUUCGGAAUAACAAAAUUAAACAAAAUGGCAAUUUUGCACUGGAAGAUGCAAUACAUCGCCGUGCUUUCUAAUAAAAUACAAAACAUAUUCUGGUAAAAGUAGAAAAUAUAACAAAAAUCUAAUGCAGGGUUAGAACAGUUAAAAUGUAAGUACAUGAUUUAUCCAUAUUUAUUUUGUGUUUGAAUAUUUAAUCCUUUUUUGGAUUAAACCGUUUAAAAGCUGCUGAGUUCAACUAAUUGCUUUCAACACCUCAGCAACUGGUUUAUUAAUGCUUAUAAUCAGCAGAGUUCUUUUUUAGAAUAUAAACUGCUCCAGAUUACAGUGAACUUUAUAACUACAAUGUCCAAGAAUUUUUAUCAAGCACGUUUAUUCACUAAAGCGCGGAAAGUUGGUAAUUUUAAGUUUUUUCAAUAUUAAUUUCACACUUUUAUAUAUUACAUAAUCAUUUCCCAUAUCGGACAAUAAUAAUGCAUUAAAUUGCCAAAAUUAUCUUAAAAGGAUUUCAUUGAUUAAAAUGACCUUUAAUACCUCUAUUUUUGUCAUGUAAAAAAUACAUGUGUAUUAUUAUUUUAUAUGUUGACCUUAAUUAAAGUAUACAUCAAAAUAAAAAUAUAAAUAAAAGUUAUUAUACAAAUUAUUAAUAUUUUUGGGGCUGCCUUGAAAUUGCCAGGAAUUCAAAUUGAAUAAAAAAUUUUAGACCAUGAUUUAUUUUUCCAAUUCUGCUUUUUUUUUUUUUAAAUUAAAAUUUGAAUUCACUUUGAAGUAAUCUUGAAUUCCUACAAUAACCAUGUACGGUGAUAAUUAGUAAAAGAUGAUGUUUAAUCACCGGACAGUAAAUUACAGUAAACCGAAAGCCAGAUGGCAAAUUUUAGGUCAAUAUAGCCAAGUUGUCACUAGAUCCAAUAUGGAGAGUUUUUUUUUCCAAAUCAUCUAUUUUUGCCUACGUUUUGCAAUCAGCUUUUUAAUUCACUACAAUUGCUGUUUAAUGAAUAAUUUCUAAUGAACUGAGAAAUCCUAACACAAAAUAUGAUCCAAAAAGAGGGUUUGCAUUUCACAAUUUGAGAGAGAGAAAGCUUUUGAAAAAUAAAAACAAUCAGUCUUAAAAAGUUUACUUCCAGAAAAGUCUUAGUUGUGCAUAGAAAUAUAACAUUUGUCUUUUAUUCCGGACUACAAAACAUUUAUUUUUGCAAAAAAAAAUUUAAAAAAAUAAAAAGAUCACUUUGAUAGACAUGUUUUGUUGUCUGUCAAUAAGAAAGAAUUUUAGAUAUGGAUACGGGGAUCCACCAAUAAAAUCUUGCCAUCAAAAGUGUAUGUAGUGUGAAACUUUGCAGAGAUCUUGUAGUGCUAUUUUAUUGAUUAGAGCACGGCAUCGAUACAGCAAAUGUCAAACCGUGCAACUCCACAUCCUAUUCCUCCAACCGAAUAUAAAGGCAGAGGAUGUGAACUUUAAGCGUUUAAGAUAUAUUGUGCCUUUCUUUGUAGUUAAAAACUACAAACCUUGCAGAAAAUAAAAUAUAUUAUUUAUGUUGUUUUUGCAUAGUCUGACCAGCAAGGAGUCUCUCUCCCAUUUUACGUCCCUAUCACCUGCACCUGGCUCUGCCCACAGCAGACCCCAUCUUAAACAGUGUGAGCUCCUACCACUCACACGGCGCCAACGGAGGCUGUGCCGGAAGGAGCCAGGACUAGCAGAAUCUCUGAAGGACGCUGUUCGUUUGGGUAUCGUGGAGUGCCAAUUUCAGCUGCGAACUGAAAGGUGGAACUGCAGCCUACAAGGACGAGGGAGCCUCCUAAAACGAGGUGAGACCCCAACCAGUUAUCAUAUUGGAAAUGUGACGUUCAUUGGCACGUUGGGGUAGUAUUCUAUUCUAAGGAGUGAAACAAAAAAAGGGGGGGGGGGGCUCACCAAUGCAUUCAAUGUGCCCACUGGUUUCAGUGGUGAUUUCCCUACUGAGUCUGUCCAUCAAAUAUGUGCUUUUCCAUAAUCCUAGUUUUUCCUUACAACUUUCUUCUGUCUUUCUUCACUGCAGGAUUUAAAGAAACAGCUUUUCUAUAUGCAGUGUCAUCCGCUGCCCUGACACACUCUCUGGCCAAAGCGUGCAGUGCUGGUCGGAUGGAGCGUUGCACUUGUGAUGACUCUCCUGGGCUGGAAAGCCAGCGAGCCUGGCAGUGGGGUGUCUGUGGGGACAACCUUCGGCACAGCACCCGAUUCUUGCAGAAUUUCCUGGGUCAGAGAAGAGGGGGCAGAGAUACGAGGGCCAAGAUCGACCAGCAUAACACCAGUGCAGGCAUAAAGGUAAACCACAUCUAUAUUUCACAGUUUUUCUGCCAAAUAAACAAGAGGCGUUGUCCGUAGCCUACUAACACCAUAAUCACCUUAUAAAGGCUGACUGAUCUCAGUUCAGAAACAAUGGGUUGCUAGGCAAGCCAUCACAGGACACCAUGUUCUACUCCUCCAAGUCAACUGAUGUAGUGACAUACAGUGUCACUACAUUGGUGGAGUUGGUGGGGUAGAACAUGGUGUCUUGUGCUGAGGAAAAUGUCCAUGGAGGAGAGCGGCCGAGACCGUUUUCCAAAAAAUAUGGUCUGUGUUUCUUUUCAUAACCCUUUAUAAGUGCCACAGAUAUAUUGAGAAGAGGGUUACAUUUGUAUCCAAAUGGCUGUAACAUAAUGUGUUCCAUGCCAGGAAGGCUGACAUUUAGUUUCAUAGGUAUGACUAUUAAUUCUUCAGAAAAAAAAGUUUAGAAUUUGACCUCUUAAACGUGUUAUGGUACGUAUCUUUAAACUGCAGAUUUUCCCAAUCAUUCUGCAACUCUUGUGCUUUACGUAAUAUCCUGCACAUAAUUUUAGCCACCCUGUAAAUUGUUGUACAAUUGGUGUAUGAAUCAUGAUCUAGGGCAGGUAUAUACUGAUAUUACACAAUAUGUUUUCUUCUUUCACUAUACUUUUUGGAGUGUAUAUUAACUUAUGACUAAUUUGGAAGGAAUGUUAUAUUAGCUCAAGAAUUAAUGGGGAUCUUACAAGGUUAGAGUUAAAAAAAAACUCAGGACCUCUAAGAAGCCAAGAGUCUACUUGACUCUGAUUGGCAGUGUAGUGUUCUACUUUAGAAUGUUGGAAUUUAAGUGCUUGAUGUCACUUCUCAUAUAUUUAUAUGGGCUUAUGUAUUAUAAUUUUGUUUUUAUAGGCAGUGAAGAGCGGGUUAAAGACCACUUGUAAGUGUCAUGGAGUGUCUGGCUCCUGCGCAGUUCGCACUUGUUGGAAACAGCUAUCCCCCUUCCACGAGACAGGAGCAUUGCUCAAGGCCAAGUAUGAAAAUGCGGUCCGAGUCCUAGGAGCCAGUAACGAGGCGGUGGGGGGUCACGAGUCCUUGGGACACGCAUUUGCUGGCCGCUCACCUCGCUCCGGUGAUCUUGUUUAUCUGGAGGAGUCUCCCAGUUUCUGCCGGCCAAGUCGUUUUUCUCCAGGCACAGCAGGGAGAGUGUGUUCCCGGGAAACCACCUGUGACAGUAUGUGCUGUGGCAGAGGGUACAAUACGCAAACUCGGAUGGUUACCUUUUCUUGCCACUGCCAAGUGCAUUGGUGUUGUCAUGUGGAGUGCCAAAAGUGUGUACAGCAACAAGACACAUACACCUGCAAACCAUGACAGUAACAUUGUCUGACUGGAGGACAUGGUGGCUUAACAUCUACUAGCCUUAAUGGGUGGUUGAUGGACUCUGCAUGGGACAACCACACUUCCAGUGUCUGGGGCCAACUUACAUCAAGUUCCUGGUAUAAAAGAAACCUGGAAUGUGCCAAAGGAGUAACAUACUUUGCCCACCUGAGCUUUGCCUGUCUAUCUGCUGUAAAGCCACAAAGUACCUUAACUUAUCACAUAUUGUAAAUAUAUCAAUGCUGUACAAACUCAGUAGAGAAUGGGCUCACGGCUACAGGUCAAUAACCCAAAGUCUCCAUGUACAGUAUGUAUUCUGCGUAGGUCAAUAGUUAAAGACACAGUUUUCAGUACUAUUUAAGUAACAGCCAUAUGAGUAUAAAUCAAACAAAAAUAUAUAUGGUUUUGUAGUAGUCACCAGAGGGGAACCAACGCAUUUUGCUCUCCUGGAAUCCUAUGACUGCACCACAAAACAUCUUUCUCUUCUAAUUAGCAUGCAAUGUCUGUUUUACCUUUAGUUUUGCUGUAUAGUAGCUCUGAUAAUCUCUACCCUUGAAGAAUCAGCUUAAUAUAGUAGUUGCAUACAGACAAAGUAGACAUUGUCUCUAGGAACAAACUACUAUCUAGUUCAAGCAUUUUCUAUUUUUAUUUUAUUUCCAUUUUUUUAUUUUAUUUUUUAUUUUUACUCUGCUCAACAAAUCUACCAGUUUCACAGUUUAGUUGCAAUCAAUAUGUUUUUUUUUUUUAAAUACAUAUUUAAAUGUCAGUUAUUUAUAAGAAAGACUGAGGCUAGAUCAUUUUCAUAUGUGACCAAAGCAUUGUCAUACAUUUUUUGUUUGCUGGAACACACAGUCUUACACACUCUGUGAAGACACGCAGUGGGGUCGAAAACGUUGGGUUAGAAUAUAUUCAUACUCACUUCAGGACGCUAAGUUUGCUACAAAACUAUCUGAUCUUAAUUUUAAUCCUGCCAAUGGCAACAUUUCCUUUGUACACCUUAACUACGCCAGAUAUUUUGCUCUCUAGCCAUCUAAGGCUAGUUUGUACGCCCUACACUGAAGUAAUGUAUACUACACAACCCUCUAGUUCAGUAGAUACUCACUGAAGGUUCACCUUGUCACUGAAAACUCUGACAUAGGUAACAGGUAUAUCACUGCCAAAACACUGCAAGCCAAAUGGAUGAGAAUGUUGGAAUGGAUGAGCUAUGAAGAUAUGAUUAUUUUUUUAUUGGUACAGUAAAUAAUAUAAUAUUACUUCUUUUGGUAGGUACAGUACUUAUACCACUUGAUGACUUUCUUUGUAUCUCUGAGAGUGAAGUUUGAACUAUGUUACACGUAGGAGCAUGUGGCAGGAGUCCAAUGGCCGGGGUCACCGAACCUCCGAGAGCUCCUCCACUGCUCCCCCUUUUUUUUAUUUAGAAAACUUCAAAAUAUUCAUCACUACAGUAACAUGGGCAAUUGUAAGGAGCAUAGGCACAUGGGAGCAAGAGAUGACAAUGGCCAAAUCAAACAAGCCCAGAAGUGAAGUUGAUGGUGAAUGAUGUCAAGAUGAUGGGCAAAUUUGGACAUUCCGUGGUCGGACUUGAGAGGAGAACAGCUGUCUUCUAAAUUCUUCCAUACACAACAAGCCAUAAAAGAACACUUAUUUUUAUCCAACAGACCAUUGGGUCACAUUAAGAAUUUAAUCAACCAACAACAUUGGAAUCUUUGAAAUAUUUAUUUGAGAAAAUUAUGUUCUGUAAAGCUUUCUGACAAUCCAUGAUUCUAAAUGAAUGCAUAUUAAUGAAUGUACAAAAUAAUGUUAAUAUUGCCAGAAUUUUUUUCUGUUAAGUUAUCUUAUUUCUUCCACUUUGCUCCAUCGGUAAGUUUUAGCCAUAUAGAAUUCAAGGCACGCCAUAUGCAGAGUCAGAUGUUUUUUGUAUGAUGCCCACGGCCACUUUUUUUUAGAGAGAAGACUUUUGUCCAUAUUCUCUAUGCUUGUCUAUGAUCUCCCACCAACGCAUUUCAUUUAUUUAUUUUUUUACAUUUUGUAUUGUCUGGAGGAUACUUGGACAUCUGGGUCUGUGCAUAUGAGACUAGAAGCAGAAAGGGCAGUCUUGCUAUUAUCUGUAAUUGAAAAUAAAAAAUCAAGAAGUCAUAUAUUCUACCUCACGUGUACAGGAUUUAGGAAAGAUAAAAAUCUAUGGAUAUUUAAAUUAUUUAAAGUUGCAGUGUACCAAUGCAAAGAACUAGGUAUAGCCACUGUAUUAAGCCACUUUGCGUCUGCUGUGUGCUUAGAGAGAUGUAUAUAGUAAUCUGUUCUACAGAAUAUAUUUAUAUUUUGCCACUUUGUAUAUAAGAAGCACUGCACUUAUACUCUGUUUAUAUACAGCUCAACUAUAAAACAGCAUUUUUUUUAAAAA